AUGAAUAAAAGAUUUAAAUGCGUGUUUAAUGAAAGGACAGGAAAUUGUUCACGUACUUCAAAAAUAUUUCUUCAACUUCUUAUUGCCAAAAAAACAGACAAAUCUGAUAAGGAUGUUGUUGUAGCUUUGGAGACAUUCUUAACAGAGAUAAUCUUAGAUGUUCUAAAUAUGAAAUUGAGUGCUUGCGUAAAUUGCAAUGAAACGGAAGAAGAUAUGAGGGUCAUCGUAAAAGAAUUGCAUUCCACUCUCCGUUACCCGUAUUGA